UUCCUUGCAUUCUUUCUCUCUCUUCACUCCACCUCACCAGUCACCACCAUUGCCAUCUAAGAAUCCAAGAAGAGGGAGGAGACACAGAAAACCAGAGAAGAAUGAGGCUUCGUGGAGCUCUUGCUCUGCUGGUGCUCCUGUGCAUCCAUGGAAUCGAGGCCGGGGGAGACGGGUUUGUCAGGGUCCAUGGCACCCGCUUCGUGCUGAACGGUAACCCGUUCUACGCCAACGGGUUCAACGCCUACUGGCUCAUGCACUUCGGCGCCGACCCCGCCCAGAGGAGCAAGGUCACCUCGGCGCUGAGCCAGGCCGGCGGCUCCGGCCUCUCCGUGGCCAGGACGUGGGCCUUCAGCGACGGCGGCAGCAAUGCGCUGCAGUACUAUCCCGGCCACUACAACGAGAACACCUUCCAGGGCUUGGAUUUCGUGCUAUCUGAGGCUAGGAAGCACGGGAUUAAGGUGAUACUUAGCCUUGUGAACAGUUAUGAGAGCUUCGGAGGGAGGAAGCAGUAUGUGGAGUGGGCAAGAGAGCAGGGGCAGUCCAUUGGAUCUGACGAUGAGUUCUUCAGAAACCCUGUUGUCAAGGGCUUCUACAAGAACCAUGUCAAGACCGUGCUGACGAGGGUGAACACGAUCACGGGGGUGGCGUACAAGGACGACCCGACGAUCAUGGCGUGGGAGCUGAUGAACGAGCCCCGGUGCCAAUCCGACCUGUCCGGCAACACCAUCCAGUCGUGGAUCACGGAGAUGGCGGCGCACGUGAAGUCCAUCGACGGCAACCACCUGCUGGAGGCCGGCCUCGAGGGCUUCUACGGCGCGUCGUCGUCGUACCGUAGCUCCGUGAACCCGUCGGGGUACCAGGUCGGCACCGACUUCAUCGCCAACAACCAGGUGCCCGGCAUCGACUUCGCCACCGUGCACUCGUACCCGGACCAGUGGCUGCCCAGCUGGGACGACCAGUCGCAGCUGCGGUUCCUGGGCAGCUGGCUCGACGCGCACAUCGCCGACGCGCAGGCCGUGCUGAGGAAGCCGCUGCUGGUGGCCGAGUUCGGCAAGUCGCAGAGGGACCCCGGGUACAGCGGCGCCCAGCGCGACGCGGUGUUCGGCACGGUGUACGCCAAGAUCUACGACUCGGCGCGCGCCGGUGGCCCCGCGGCGGGCGGGCUGUUCUGGCAGCUCCUGGCGGAGGGGAUGGACUCCUACGGGGACGGCUACGAGGUCGUCCUCGGGCGGGCGCCGUCCACCACCGGCGUCAUCACGACGCAGAGCCGGAGGCUGCAGGUGCUCGCCAGGACGCUCGUGCGCGCGCGCAAGACCAAGCGCGCGCAGGGGAAGGGCGCCAAGGGCGGCAACGGAAGGUGAUGGGCUAAUAACUAAUAAGGCGAAGAUCAGUGUGUUUUGUAGCAAGAACACGUUUCUUCUUUUUUGUGCGUUUGUGUUACUUGUGUGGUGAGUGAGAGUGUGCUUAAUCUCCUCGGGAUGAUUUGAAGAUUCAUCCGGGAGUGAAGGAGCUAUAUUUGGCAUCCUCCUCCGUGUCUUAGAGGGCAUGUUUUUAAGUGUUCUUUAUGGAUCACGAGAGGAGCGAAGUUGAUGCAACAGCAAGGCUGUGGAAGAAGCAGCCAGUGCUAGUAAGUUUGUAACUGACCAUUUAUAUGAAUAUGAAGGGAUGUCUUGCUACUGAAGUAUUA